CCAUUAUAUGUAAACGGCUUCAGCUUCUGUUUCUGUUUAUACAGUAAUGAACAACGUUACCUGCAUUACUCCAUGCUAAACAUCCAACAGUGGGAAAAGUAGUGAAAGCCUAAAAGUAUUAACAUUGCUAAUUUUAGGAAGAUAAUGGUUGCUUUUAUAUAGAUUCUCACUUCAAAAGAUAACUAUUAGUUCAAGAUUUAGAAAUGACUGAAAAAGCUGAAACGACUGACUUGGUCGACGCGUUUCUAUCCAAUACCUAUCUAAAUACUGAAGAGCUCAGAACAGAAGACGAAUUUACUCCUGACGAAUUUUUGGUCUCGAAAAGAUUUCUGGGGCUCGACGGUCUUAUUACUGAGUUAAGCCGGGUUUUCGAAAAUGCUAACAAGGAAUUAAUGAAUUUGGUGAAGGAGAAUUAUCAAGAUUUUGUUCGCUUAGGUACAAGGAUGAACACGGGCAACCAAAAAGUCGAUGUUUUAUUGUCUGCUAUACAACGUUCAGAAGAGCAAAUAAAGAAAUCCCAAAACUCGGUUCAGGAUUAUUCACAGAAGCUGAAAGAAUUAAUGGAGAACAGACAACGAGUUGAAAACGAAAAGCAAAUUGCAAGCGAUUUACUCUUGCUCCAUAGGAACCUUGAGUUUCUUAAAAAGUUCUCCCGAGAUCAUCCUUUAUGGCUUGACACUUUAAACAUCGUUCAAGCUUUGUCCGAAAUGUAUAAGAAUCAUCCAUGGGUCAAAUCACUCCAACCUGAAAUCCGUAAUCUUCCAAAAAAUUCGUAAACCUUUUUAUGAAUCAUGCUAAUCUUGCUACUUUUAUUUUUCCUGAUCCUUUAAUAAAUUUCUUCUAUUUCAAGUAUUCCUUUCCUAUAUG